UUCCAAAAUAGUCACACUGGACAUGCGCACUCUAUAUAAAUCUCCUAAUACGGACAGGUUGCCGGACUUCUAUCUGGAAGGAGACUGGCCUGGACUGGCUUUCUGAAACGUUUGAAACGGAGGGAAAACAUUCGGAAGACCAUAAAAGACGCCCAGGCAGUCGUACACGCAUCCAGAACGAUUGUGGUCCACUUCAUAUAACGCGUCUGACGUGUACCCCGUGACCUGGGUCAGCUUGACUUGGCCAUUUCCACCCUGAUCUGCCAGAGAGUAUUUCCGACGUCCACCGUGAAGUGGAAGCUGCCGGAGACGAGCGAUGAUGCCGCGGACCGGCUGCUGGCUCCUGGUCAUCUGUUCUGUUCUCGGCAGCGUGGCGGUGACAGACGCCCGCUCUUACGUCAGCUCCAAGUGCUCAUCAAAGCACUGGAACAAGUGCGUGCCUGACAACAUCAAGGUUCGUGCCAAUUUCUCCCACAAUAUUCUUUGCUUCUGCAUAUCAUGCGGGAUUGGAUCCCCUGAAGGUUAUACCUGCGCUCCAUUUUCUGCGUACGGAGGAACUCCCCCGCCUGCCCAGUGGUUUGCCCUGCGGGGUGUCUUCGUCGGAAGCCUGUCCUCGCAAACCCUUGAAGCCAUCAAUUCGUUUUCAUUGACGGUCCUUGCCCUUACAGAUGCAGGCAUAAGUACUAUCGAAAACAAUGCAUUUGCCAGAUUUCCACACUUGCGGUCACUGCAUUUAGAUUGUAAUACUUUAUCGCAGCUAGAACAUGCUUUCUUUUCCGGCUUGAACACUUCACCUAAGUCUACCGCCUACAUGUCCUUUUCCUAUAAUCGUAUUUCUAGACUUGAAACUGGGUGUUUCGAGGAAAUCCAUCUUACAAAGUUAGACUUGUCCCACAAUUUGCUGUCGGAGGUAGCGAGUGGAUGGUUACGUGGUCUUGUCUUCCUACACACACUUCUUUUGGGUCACAAUAAGAUUGAAGUCAUUCCUGCAAACGCCUUGGAUUCCCUUUACGAUCUACGAGUCCUGAACUUAAGCCACAACCCUCUGACGUGUCUAAGCCAGAGAACACUGUCAGGGCUGUCACUCCAAACCUUCAGCGUUGGAAGAGAGCGUUCGGUCAUUUCCUGGGAGAAAGAUAACAAAAUGGACUGGAGUCUUAACGUGGACAAAACUGAUUCUCCUAACAGAGAACAGAAAAUUUACCUACGUAUCGAUAACCUGGGGUUUUGUCUCACAUAUUCGACGACGAUGAAAGACUUUCAACUGAAGUGGGGUCUUGUGGGCGCUAUUACUGGGUUCGACGGCAAACAGGAACCCGGAUGUUCAUCGUUUGCGUUUGGACCCUUAGACCUCCGACUGCCAUUUGUUGUUGCAACUGCGAUGAAGAAACCAGAAACCAACUGGCACUUAGGUUCCUGUAACCUCUGUCCAGAAGCUUGGACAAGACACGGCGGAACGGCAAUAGGUCUGAAAGAGGGGUAG